AUGAUCUUCCCAAGAUUCUUCUCCAAUUCUUCAUUCAAAUCCUUCCCUGCUUAUCACUCUUUUCUUGCAUCCCUAUUCAAUUUUCAUAACAUCACACACUUUUCAACCACACCCAGAUUCGAUUCCAAGUCGCCCAUCGCUCUAUUUCACAAACUGGUGAAAACGCGGCCACGCCCUUCUGCUAUUGAGUUCAAUAACUUAUUGACUGCUGCGGUGAAGAUGGAACAGUACUAUGUUGCCCUUCAUAUGUUCGAUGAAAUGCUUCGAAGGGAUGCUCCAACAGAUCACUACACCUUUAAUAUUGCGAUUAAUUGCUUUUGCCUUCUGAAAAGAGCUGAUUUUGGAUUUGCAGUACUAGGCAGCAUUUUGUUGGUUGGAAAGAGCCUAGACGCAGCGAAACUACUCAAGAGGUUGUUGACUGAGGAAUGGUGCAAACCUGAUGCAAAUACUUGUCUUAAGAUGAUUACUAUGUUUUCCACUCCUGAUAUGCUCAGCUUAUUGGAAAAAGGAAGGCGCAAACCUCAUGUUUAUCCGUACAAUCCAGUGAUUCAUUGUCUAUGCAAUGAUGGAAUGGUUGACGAGGUUCUCGAACUUAUCUCCGUCAUGGAUGGUAAGGGCAUUUUACUCGAUACUAUGAUAUAUAAUUCAAUUAUUCAGGGGCUUUGCAAUUUUAGAAGAUGGGAUGAGGUUGAAGAGAUGUUGAAGAAGAUGGUGGCUUCUAAGAUCCACCCGGAUGUGUAUACUUUUAACAUUUUAUUGGAUGCUUUAUGCGAAGAGGGAAUGGUGGAUGCAACAGAGAAUAUAUUCGAAAUGAUGAGGAAAGGAGAAAUGGUUGAAGCCCAAGGCUUAGGCAUUCUCCAAUUGGUGGUGAAAUCGGGCAUCAAGCCUGAUAUUACAAGCUACAAUAUCGUGAUGGAUGGGUAUCUCAAAAUGGGACGGGUGAAUGAAGUUUCACGUAUUUUUAACGAAAUUCCCACCAAAGGUUUAGAGCGUAAUGUUGUUUCUUAUGGAAUAAUGCUACAGGCCUUAUUCCAUGAAGGCAGAUGUGAAGAUGGAUUGAAUUUGUUCAAAGAGAUGGAAGCUCUACAAUUGUCUCUUGAUUUACAUAUUUACAGCAUCUUAUUGGAUGGCGUCUGCAAAGCUCGUGGUAUUGCUGAAGCACUUCCCGUGUUUCAUAGAAUGGAAGUUAAAGGUAUCAUUCCUAAUAUAUUCACAUAUACUGUUAUCAUUCGGGGUUUGUGUAGUGCUCGUCAAUUUUCUGAAGUAUUUUCCAUGUUGCAUACCAUGGAAGUUAAAGGCAUCAUCCCUGAUGUUGUAACAUAUAACUCUUUUAUUGAUGGAUUGUGCAAGGCUGGUCAUAUUGAUCAAGCAUUUUCCAUGUUGCAUACCAUGGAAGUUAAAGGCACCAUCCCCGAUGUUGUAACAUAUAGCUCUUUCAUUGAUGGAAUGUGCGAUGCUGGUUGUAUUGCUCAAGCAAUUUCCUUGUUGCACACCAUGGAAGUCAAAGGCAUCAUCCCCAAUGUUGUAACAUUUACUGCUCUCAUUAAGGGAUUGUGUAGUGCUCACCGUAUUGGUGAAGCGAUUUCCGUGUUGCGUAUCAUGGAAGACAAAGGCAUCAUUCCCGACAUAAUAACAUAUAAUGUUCUUAUUAAGGGAUUGUGCAUUGAUAAAAGGGUUGAUAUGGCUAAGCAUCUGUGUAACAUCAACAUGCUUCCAUCCAAAGGCAUCCAGCCAGAUGUCGUAACAUAUAACUCUUUCAUUGUUGCACUUUGCAAGGAAGAGAAGAUAGAUGAGGCUAAAGAUUUGUUGUUGCAAAUGACAAACAACGGUUGUUUGCCUAAUAGUGUUACGUACAAUGUUCUUCUUCGAGCUUUUCUCAAUACGAACAAGACGCACUAUGUGAUUCCUCUCUUUAAUGAGAUGAAUUCAAGGGGGUUCGCACUUGAUGCCACCACUUCUUCGCUGAUGAAAGGUCUGAGGUAG